AUCAACAAUGGGAGCCGAAGGCCGCACGUCAGCUCCAACAACCAGGACUGUACAAACGAAAAACCCCAUCAAUAGAGCCCCACACUCGAAGCCUCCCUUCACCAUCAGUGAUAUCAGGAAAGCCAUUCCACCUCACUGCUUUAAGAAAUCACUCCUCCGCUCAUUCUCCUAUCUUGUUCAUGACCUGACCUUGGUCUUUCUCUUCUACUACAUUGCAACAACUUAUUUCCAUCUCCUUCCUUCUCCAUACAACUAUCUUGCCUGGCCUAUUUACUGGAUUCUUCAGGGCUGUGUUUUUCUUGGAGUUUGGGUCAUUGCCCACGAAUGCGGUCACCAUGCAUUCAGCGACUACCAAUGGAUGGAUGACACAGUUGGUUUUAUCCUCCAUUCUGCUCUUAUGGUCCCCUACUUCUCGUGGAAAUACAGCCAUCGCCGCCACCACUCCAACAUUGGAUCAAUCGAACAUGACGAAGUCUUUGUGCCCAAGCCAAAGUCCGAAAUAGAGUGGUACUACAAGUACCUGAACAACUCUCCUGGCAGAGUCAUCACUCUGGCAAUCACACUUGUAUUGGGUUGGCCCUUGUACUUGGCCAUCAAUGCUUCAGGCAGACAAUAUGAUCGUUUCGCAAGCCAUUAUGAUCCUUAUAGUCCAAUCUAUAAUGCUUGCGAGAGGCUUCAAAUCUACAUUUCCGAUGUUGGUGUCAUUGUAACAAUUUAUGUGCUUUAUCACAGCGCACUAGCAAAAGGGCUAGCCUGGCUUAUAUGCAUCUAUGUGCUACCGUUGCUCAUUCUAAAUGGAAUCAUUGUUUUCAUCACAUAUCUGCACCACACUCACACUUCAUUGCCACACUAUGAUUCAUCUGAGUGGGAUUGGCUGAGGGGCGCUCUGGCAACCGUUGAUAGAGAUUAUGGUGUCUUGAACAAGGUUUUCCAUAACAUCACAGACACACAUGUGGCUCAUCAUCUCUUUUCAACAAUGCCACAUUAUCAUGCAGUGGAGGCAACUGAAGCAAUGAAGCCAAUUCUGGGAGAGUAUUACCAAUUUGAUGGCACUCCUGUCUACAAAGCAAUGUGGAGGGAGGCAAAAGAGUGUCUUUAUGUUGAGCGAGGUGAAGAAAUCAAGGGUGUUUUUUGGUACAAGAAUAAGCUUUGAUGAGAUUAUCUGAUACUGAUCACCUACUGUUACUAGUGAAGCUGUAUCUUUAUUGCAUUUGUGGAGAACCAAGAAAGAAGUAGCUU